AAUGUUUGAGUCGAUAUGAAUGCUUCCCGAACAUAUGGUCAGAACUUAUGUCCUCUCAACUGACGUAAUUAUGCUAACCAACAAACGUUGGCAGGUAUAUUUUGAAAAAUAUUUCUAAACAUCUAAUACUGUUUUGGUGUACAAUUUAGUGAGCAGCUAGGAUAUUACUGGUUGCUUAGUGACCAGACAGAAACCCGGAAGAGCGCGCAAUUUGGUUCUCUGGUAACUUGGAAAGCUAACGCUUAACAGUUCGAGACGAAAGGCAAAACACUGGGAACUUCAGUGUUGUUUUAAAUAGUUGUUUUGUAUCCAUAUAGUAGUAGAUACGAUCAUCAGUAAGUUAGCCAGGUGCUUGGAUUCACAUCGGGUGUUAAGGGGUCAGACGCCAAUUGCGCAUUUGUUGAAUCAAAAACGUCAAGCUGUAUGACUUGGCAUAACAUGAAAUCCAGUGGUGCAAUAUUUACCAGACAAAACAUGUUUCCCCCGGAUCACCGCAUACCGAAAACACAUUACAACCCAUCUCCGACCAAGAAGAUUGCGAAAAAACAGAGAAAGACGAACCUGAGUCCGGUUCGUCUGGCCAAGCCCCCCAGCCUUUCUGUUCCUCUGAUGGAACCACUGACACUUGAAGACCAGAGCUUCCUUGGACCAUCUUCCUACCCCCUUCCCUCCACAGAGGCCCAGCCCAGCUUCUCUGAAUCCUGGCCUUCCACUGAUCACGAGUCAUCACUGGCGAACACCACAGCCUCCCCAGGGAAAGAGGCUCUGGCCUGUGCUGCCCCUUCUGGAAAGGCCUAUUUUAUGCCUACUGCCACACAAGAGGAUUCAGUGUUGGCAAGGUACGUGGAGCGAUUCCGUCGCGGCAAACCCCAGAGUCGCGAGGAGAGGCAGCGUUCUGCUGCAACAGUGGAGGAGUGCCAGCCAUUUUGGUGGCUGUCUUCCUCCUCUCCUGCCCCCACAAAGCCUGCUCAGCGAGGCUGUGCUUCUGCCCAUGAAGGUGGCCAUAUAAGCCCAGUGGAACGUGUUCGAUCCAGCCCCCCUCUCUCCCCACAUGGAGCUCCACUUGACUUCACUAUCAUGGGUCUGUCCGACUCUUCACACUGUGACCCCCCUGAUCCAGGAAUACUGCAGCUACAGGAGAGGGCCAGUAGACUCCUGCAAAGGAGUGAACACUCCCUCAGUAGUAGUUCAAUCCCUAUCAGCUCUGAAGGCCUGGGUUGUUCGGACCUGUCUUCACCCGUCAGUGUAGAUGAACCUGUCCAAAGGCCCGUAGUUCCCAGUUUCAUUAACCCUACUACUGCCCUGAAUAGUGGUCCCGUGGCCAUGCCCUCUGUGGCUGCCCUGUUGGCCUCUCGCACACGGCCAGAGGAUGACAUCUUGUUCCAGUGGCGUCUGAGGAGGAAGAUGGAGCAGGCCAGACAGGGUCCCUUCCCUCCCACACAAGGUCCGGCUCUUCAGCAGGCCAGCAGCCUGGUGCCACAGGCCCAAUGGGGCCUCUGUACAUCCGGGAUUCAGACACAAAGAGCAGGCCCGCACUUCACACCAGUCCUUCAAGAGUCGAGUAUCCCCCGGCAACCUCCUGCCCCCACAGCCCCACCCUCUUUCCCCAUCGCCAGCCCAGCAGUCUCCAGUCUCCCCCCCAACGCCCCCGUCGCAGCCCACAUGCACCUCCUCUGUGACAUGCUGCCCUGCCCCCUCCAGCAUCCGCCCCCCGAAAGGAGGAGGAGCCCUAAGAAAUGGGAGGUUCCCACCCGGGACCCGGCCCACAGCACUCCGAAAGGCCGGUCCAGCUCCAGCGAAAGCGAGUCUGAGGACCUGCCCAGCAAGGGCUCGUCCUCCCCACCUCCCCCGUCCUCCGAGACGCCUGAGGAGCCCUGGCCGGCCGGAGAUGGGAAUGCCGGUAGACGGAGGAAGAACACGCUACAGUCGCCCGAGGAGCCCUGGCCGGCCGGGGAGAGGAAAACCGGGAGACAGAGGAAGAACACGCUGCGGAGGGAGGAGACUGAGAGAAGCAAAACGCAGAAAGUCGAAAAUCUCCACGGCAAGAAAAAAUCCAUAAGCCAUCACAGGGGUGGAGGGGGAAGUAGAGUAGACAGCCAAAUGAGGCCAAGCCAAGCUGAGAGGGGUGUCACCAGAGACCGAGUGGGGAAAGAGAGGGCCACACCGUGGCACGAGGAGCCCAGGAGAGGAACGUGGGAGAGGGGUCAAAGGUCAAGGAAAGAAGGGCGCCCAGGUGAUCAGGCACCCCCACCAUCUCCCAUACAUAACGCGCUGGGUCAGGUCGUCUCGGCGGUACUGUUCCCUACCUCCGAUUCGCCCCUGCCCCCAAGAAUCCCCAGCUCCUCGGACUCGCCCAGAUACACUCCUCCUGUGCCCCCGCAGUCCCCUGCUCCUGCCCCCAGCACGCCUCAGGCCCCUGAGCUUGUCGCUCAGCUGCUGCAAGAGGCUGAAGAAUCAGACGGGCUGGAGUUUGAAGAUGACCCCUUGCUGCAGGUCUUGAGACAGCAGAGGGAGUGGGCAAAAGAGCAGCUCAGUGAAGUCGACACAAUAUUGAAUGAAAUCCAGGAUGAACCCACAUAGAAGAAUGACUCGGACAUCAUGUACAGGAAUAACACAUUCAUUUUUGUACAUAAAUAAACAUAUCUGUAUAUUCGUAUGCUUGUUUUCAAAGCCAUACAUAUUUUAUCACAAUAAACAAUUACAAAAUGUACAACAA